CCUUAUCGUUGUCUGAUUGGCACCGAUAAAAUUGUUUCUGUGUUCCCCGUCCUCGAGCGUCCUUUAUACGCGCUAUGUUGUGUUUACAACUUGUCGGGGCGCUGUUGCGAAGACUUCCGUGCUCCGAAAAGCCGUCUGUUGGGCCCCAAUCUAAUGCGUCUGAGCAAGCAGAGGUUGAGAAACCGAAGUUAGUUUUUAUCAUGGGAGCCAUUGGCUUCGGUCUCAACAUAAUAAGUAUUCUGUUCUUGUAUGAUCAUGAUCAUGGCCAUGAUUACAGUCACGAUCACCACGGUGUGGAACAUGAAGUUGCCCCUCCUGAGAACUCUGAUUCGGUAGGAUUGAUCGAUGAAAAGCACCUUCACCAUAAACACCAUGCGUCCACCACUAGCUCCCACGGUCCUAAGCGUGACCUAGCCAUGAUGGGUGUCUUGAUACAUGUACUUGGAGAUACUGGAAAUAACCUGGGGGUUAUGGCCGCAGCAUUGGUGAUCUGGCUGGCUCACUACGGUGGAAGGUUUUAUGCAGAUCCAGCGGCGAGCAUGGGAAUCACAUUGAUGAUUCUGGCCUCUUCUAUUCCCUUAAUCAAACAAGCUGGUCUCAUUCUGUUGCAGAGUGCUCCAAGUGGAGUAGACCAUGAUGAUGUGAAGCAUGACCUAGAAAAGGUACCUGGGGUUAUUGCCGUUCAUGAACUCUAUAUCUGGCGGUUAAAUCAAGCCAAGUCAUUAGCAUCCGUCCAUGUCACAUUGUCCGACGAUGAUAUGUCCACAUUCACCACAGUGGCUAAAACCAUAAACGAGUGCUUCCAUGCAUACGGAAUCCACACAGUCACCCUUCAACCCGAGGUUCCGACGAAUUUGAAAAGUCUGUCCACCGUGGCCAGUGAAUCUGCAAUAGGUGAAACAAGCAGGCAGAGCCUCGCGAAGACCGCAAAACAAUGCUAGGUUGUUUGUGGGAGCUUAUGUCAAAACCUAAUUUGUUGUAACUAAAAGAAGAGAAGUUAUUUAUAUGAAGGUCAUACAUCCCAUUAUAAUCAAUCGAUGUGUGAGGUAGUUACCCUAAGAUAUAGUCGUGGACUAUGUGCGUGUGGAUUGGAGAUCCGGCUGUGCGCAAAU